AUGGAGGGCAACGCCACCUCCUCCUCCAGGACGUGUUGCCCCUUCACCACCACGGCGGUCGACGGCAUCCUGCCCCCCAUCCUCAUCCUGGAGUUCGUCUUCGGGUUGCUAGGCAACGGCCUGGCCCUGUGGAUGCUGGCGUUCCACGUGUCGUCGUGGAAACCGCACUCCAUGUAUCUGCUGCACCUGACGGUGGCGGACACCAUAGUGCUGUUCUGCCUGCCGUUCCGCGCCGACUACUACCUGCGGCACAAGGACUGGCGCUUCGGGGACGCCAUGUGCCGCAUCCUCAUGUUCCUAUUGGCUGCCAACCGCACCGCCGGAAUCUUCUUCCUCACCGCCGUGGCGGUGGACCGCUACCUGAAGGUGGUGUAUCCACGGAGCCGUCUGAGCCGGUUGGGCCUCGGCUGGGCCUCGCUGAUCAGCUGUUGCAUCUGGGCGGCCAUCUUGGCCAUGACGGUGUACCUGCUGACCGUCUCCCACAUCGAGGAGCUGGAGGGACACCGGCAGUGCGAGAGCUUCCAAAUCUGCCUGGACUUCAGGUGGGACAGCAUCUGGCACGAGACGCUCUACCUGCUGCAGUUCCUGGUUCCCACGGUGAUCAUCUGCUUCUGCACGGCGUGCAUCGCGCAUCAGCUGCGGACGCGCACGGUGGACACGGGCGGCCGUAUCCGGCGAGCCGUCUACCUGGUGCUCGCCGUGGCAACGGUCUUCAUCCUCUGCUUCCUGCCCAGCACCGCGUGUCGCCUGGCCGUCAUCGUACUCAAGACGCAGUACAGCGAGUGUGUGUACUUCGAGCCCACCAACCUGGCCUUCUACACCUCGGUGUGCCUGACGUACUUCAACAGCGUGCUGAACCCCGUGGUGUAUUACCUGUCCAGCCCCGCCAUCAGCAGGACUCUGCAACAGCUGUGGAACAAGCUGCUCCCCGUGGGCAAGAGGAGACCACCCCCACCUCCACCACCUAGCAGCGGAGUGUACACCGUCUCCAGACCUAUGUAA